AUGGAGAUGAUGCGCAGCCUCCGCCACGUCAACAUCGACCACCUCCAUGUCGGCUGGUACCAAUCCACGUACUAUGGCACCUUCGUCAGCCGUGCCCUCCUAGAUUCCCAGUUCAGUUACCAACAUGCCAUAGAGGAAUCUGUGGUCCUCAUUUACGAUCCCAUUAAGACCGGUCAAGGUUCACUCUCACUUAAGGCUUAUCGUCUGACUCCAAAACUGAUGGAAGUUUGCAAGGAGAAAGAUUUCAGUGUGGAAGGAUUGAAAAAGGCAAGCAUUGCCUUCGAAAGCAUGUUUGAAGAGGUUCCUAUUGUCAUUAAGAAUUCUCAUCUCAUCAACGUGCUGAUCUGGGAGCUAGAUAAAAAGGCACCUGUGACCGAAAAACACGAGCUUCUUAGUCUGUCCAGCAGUAAUCAUCUGGAGAAGAGCCUUCAACUCCUUAUGGACCGGGUGGAUGAAAUGAGCCAAGACAUUGUGAAAUACAACACAUAUUUGAGAAACGCCAGUAAGCAGCAGCAGCAAAAGCACCAGUAUGUUCAACGACGGCAACAAGAAAACCUACAGAGGCAAAGUCGUGGGGAGCCGGCACUGCCUGAGGAGGACGUGAAUAAACUGUUUAAACCACCUAUGCCACCACCUCGUAUGGAUUCACUUCUCAUUGCAGGUCAAAUUAACACGUACAUCCAGAACAUAAAGGAGUUCACUUCUCAGAACCUGGGAAAGUUGUUCAUGGCUGAAGCUUUACAAGACCAAGUUAACAGUUAA